CCAGUUUCACAAAAAUCACCAAACCAAACUAAAAAAAAAACAAACACACUUCGUUGAAAUUAAAAUUAAAAUCAAAAUAAAAAAAAAUUAGCGUCUCUCUCAGCGUUGUUCUGUUUCCUCUGAGUCUUUCUUUCUUUCUUCUUUCUCCUAAUCUCAGAGAAGUGACUCCAAGAAAGAAAGAUGGGAUUUUCAUUGAGACAUAGUGUUUUGGUGUUGGUUUUAAUUGGGGUUCUGUUGAAAGUAUCAGAAGGGAUCAGAUUUGUUAUAGAUAGAGAUGAAUGUUUCUCACAUGAUGUUAAGUACGAGGGUGACACUGUUCAUGUUUCUUUCGUUGUUAUUAAGGCUGAUUCUCCAUGGCAUUAUGGUGAUGAAGGUGUUGAUCUCGUGGUAAAGGGGCCUGCUGGUGAUCAAAUUCAAGAUUUUCGUGACAAGACCAGUGAAAAGUUUGAAUUUGUGGCUCACAAAUCAGGGGUUCAUAAGUUCUGUUUCACCAACAAAUCUCCUUAUCACGAGACCAUCGAUUUUGAUGUGCAUGUUGGUCACUUCUCUUACUUUGAGCAACAUGCAAAAGACGAGCAUUUCAACCCUUUGUUGGAGCAGAUAUCAAAGUUGGAGGAAGCUCUUUACAAUAUUCAGUUUGAACAACAUUGGUUAGAGGCUCAAACCGAUCGCCAAGCAAUAGUGAAUGAUGCGAUGAGCCGAAGAGCAAUACACAAGGCACUCUUUGAAUCAGCAGCACUGAUUGGAGCCAGUGCAUUGCAAGUUUACCUUCUGCGGCGCUUGUUUGAGCGAAAGUUGGGAACCUCUAGAGUUUAAGUUAGGACAUGUUCUGGGAACCUGUAACAUUACCAAUGCCAAUGUUAUUUUAAACUUUUUUUUUUUGUUUUGGUUGUGUCAUCAGAUGGAUAUUUAUAUCGGUUGUUCACUUUACUAAGAAGAAUACUUGUGGAAAGAUGUUAACUACAGUUGAUUUCCGAUAAAGAAAUACAAAUGACUGGCCAUGUAGGCCUAAGAUUACUUCUUCCCCUCCCAAUAUCGUCCAAUUCAUCUUUUUGCUGUGAACUUUCAGGCCAAUGGAUUAGAGAAAUUGAUAUUUACUAUUA